AUUCUCCUCGACACUGAAGGACACGUCAAGCUGACUGAUUUCGGACUGUCGAAAGAGGCAGUCAAUACGGAAUCUGGGGGUCGAGCAUUUUCAUUCUGCGGGACGAUUGAGUACAUGGCCCCGGAAGUGAUCACGCGUCGUGGACAUGAUUCGACUGCCGACUGGUGGAGCUUGGGAGUAUUAAUGUAUGAAAUGCUCUGUGGCCUGCUGCCAUUUCAAGGUGACAGCCGUCGGGACACAAUGCAACAGAUUUUACGAGCCAAGUUGCGGAUGCCGCAAUUCCUCAGUCUGGACGCUCAGAGUUUACUGCGUGCUCUGUUUAAAAGGAAUCCCACAAAUCGAUUGGGUUAUGGACAAAAUGGAUUUCGAGAUUUGCAGGCGCAUCCAUUUUUUAACCAGAUAUCUUGGGACCGGCUGCUUCAAAGAAACAUACCAGCGCCAUUUAUUCCCACCUGUCCUCCCGAUCCAACACCAGAUGUGACCUAUUCAAUGUCUUGUUCGUCCUUUGUUGAAUCACCAGAUUUUUCCGCCAGCUCCGCAACAUGGGACACGUUUUCCGGUUUUAGCUAUGCCGCUCCCGACAGCCCUAUUCCUCCAGGUAACAGAAGUGAAAAUGGUUCUGCCACCUUGAAAUAUCACAACGAGGCGGGAACGGACAACAAGAAAGAUUCCCCCAGGGAAUUUGGCGGAAUAAACACUAUCCAAUUCAGUGCAGUUUUCGAACGUGACAGGCGACAAUCUGUGACUAUUUCGCCGUCCACAGAUAUAGCAAUCGAGAAAGAUUCAGCUGGUGUUGUAAGCACACGAAGAAAAAUCAGUGUCAAUCUGAAUGGAGUUCUUGAUGCAACCUCAAACGAUCCAGCUUACAAAAGCCUGGAGCUAUUCACACAAGAAUAUGAGUUACGAGAGAUUAUUGAGCAGAAUAAUCAUAUGAUCCAGCGGCGGUGUGUCCAUCGUCAUACAUAUGAAGUUAGAACUGUGAAAAUGGUAGACAGAAGACAUUAUGAUCCUACGGAAGAAGUAAAAAUUUUGAAAAGACUCCGACAGGUGAAGCAUGUUAUCACUCUCUUUGACGUGUACAUUUCGGAAACGCACAUUUAUUUGGUCACAGACUAUGCACCGGGUGGCCGGUUGAGCGACAGAAUUUCGCGUAAAGGCCGGCUUUCCGAAUUCGAAGCUUGUUGCAUAGUCGAGAUUUUGGCCACCACCCUACAGGUGCUUCACGAGAAUGGCGUGAUUCACGGAAAUCUGAACGCAUCCAGCGUAGUUUAUUCUGGUCUGGACCAAAACCCAAGUUCCCUGUUGAUCACAGACUUCGCGAUGGACAAAUUCAGGAAGAAUUCUGGCGGUGAAAUACACGGAACCUCUGCAGGCCAGGAUCCACAUUUCAGUGCUCCAGGGGCUGCUAAUGACAUUUGGGGCCUGGGACAAAUUCUACUGGACAUGCUUUUGGGUCCAGGCUCGCAUACGCACGGAGUCUUGGCAUCCUCACAGAUUGAUGCGAAUAGUUCAGCUGACCUUAAACUCAGUCCGCUAUUUCAAAAUCUAUCUGCCUCAGUUCAGAACCUCAUGCAACAGCUUGUACAUCCGGAUAAACUGAAAACAUUUGCUGCCGAAAAUGUGCUGAAACAUGCCUGGAUUCAAAAUCGGCACGAGCUGCCACGCGAAAUAAAUUCGUCUAUCUCCCACAAUUCACUUGAUUCUCAAUCCCUUGGGAAAUGCUUACGAUAUUCAAACGCAAUGAUCUCGCCACCAUUCCCAAUUCUUGAACCUGUCACGGCCUCCCGAAUUGCAGCUCGUCGACGUCAAACUCGUGUAGGAUCCAUUCCAAGGACAGUGGUCAUUAGACCACCCCUUAAGUAUGCGACUAUCAAUGCCAUACCGCCGAUAUUUCCUUCUUCAUCAAAUUGUGUAAGCUCGUUCACCUUACCUAGAAUUCAUCUGCCCGGCCAAGUGUUUACAGAAUCACCAAGAUCGGCAGAUCCAUGGACGAGCGCUCCAACCGAAGAGCGCUACUUUAGUUCGACGACCUUCAUAUUGAACAAUCCCGAAACCAGAAAACAAUUCUACACAUCCAAUCAAAGUGAUAUGGCCGGACAACAUCGCGUGCCUGUUUAACGCCAUCUCUCAUUAUCUAGCUGGCAUUGCUUUCGUAUCCCAUAUCGGGCUAAACAAACCAGCCAACGAUGUACAAUUUCUAUGGUCUUUCAGAUCCUUUAGUUUGGUCAUUCACAGAUGUACUUACUGAUCUGUAUUUUUCUAGACUCGAAGGCUUUAUCUUUCACCCUAUCACAGAGGAAUGUAACAAAACACAUGCUUGGUGUCAACCUCACAUGUUAUUUCUUCCUCCCCAAUUGUCAUAACGUUUUCUACGAUAAUCUGGAGAAGUUGAGAGAUGUUAUGUGAGUAGGCG